GAAUUUACUGUGAUUAUCCAUAGAAGAUAAGAAUUGUGGCAUUAUUGUUGUUUGUGUAAUAAUAGGUAACGAUAAAAGUUCUUACCAAUAAUCAUUUUUCAUGGACUAAUAUCAGAUAUUUUCUUGUAAUUUAGUUUUUUGCUUAUUAUUGUGUCAAGUUUUAAGAUUUGUUAAAAUAUUAGUUUAGUGAUACAGUUUUUUUGAAAUUUUAUUUUAUUUAAAUAUGUCACGUAACCAAGUGUAUUUAGUAGGAGCAAUGAAUUAUCAAAUUACUGGAAGUAAAUUACCUUCAGUUAAAAAUGUUUUGAGUGUAUUGUAUUAUAAUUUAAGAUUUGUAAAAUUGAAUUUGCAUGAAAGUGCGGCGCUUGCUGUUGACGAGUGUCUAAUUUACUGGAAAAAAGCUCGAAUACCUACGCAAGAUCCAGCUAAUAUUAUAAGAAAAUUAAAAAAGUUUUACGAUGAACUGAGAAAUUUAGAGAAAAAUAAAACCAGGACCAGCGACUUAUACAAGAAAAGAGAACAAAAUUUUGUAGACCAAAUCGAAGAAUUGUUUGAUAUAGCUCAUGCUAAUGCAAUCAGUCUAAUGAAGAUCCAGGAAGAUAUUGAUUUUUUGCGACUUCAACGAACUAAGGGACGUCCCGGAUGUAUGAUGGGAGUAGAUAUGAAUUUAACCCAAGCAGAAAAAAAAAAUGCAAAUAAGACAAGAACAGAAAAAUAAAAUACUUAUACCUCACUCAGAUACAGAAACUUUAUUAGAAGAAAAAUAUUCAUGUACUUCAUCGGAUUCAUGUGAUAUGGAAAUCGUAAGUGAAGAAGAGAGACAAUUUUCACCAGUAGCAGGUCCGUCAAAAAAUAAAAGAGGUAGAAAAGAACUUUUAACUUCUAGAUUAUCUGCCACUCUUGAUAGGUGUAAAAUAAGUGAUAGGGAUGCUGUUCAUUUGUUAACUGCAUGUUUGGAUGCCUUAUCAUUAGAUCCCAGCAUAUAUGUUUUAAACCGAUCGUCAAUUAAAAGGUCCCGUGAACAUUAUAGACAAAAAAUUGCAGAAAAUAUUAGUUCUAAAUUUCAUGAACAAAAUUUGAAUUUUGUUGUGAUCCAUUGGGAUUCAAAAAUGCUUCCAGACCUUACAGGGAAAAAAAAAGUCGAUCGCCUCCCUAUUAUUGCAACCGCCUUAAAUUUUGAACAGCUUCUUGGAGUCCCUUAUAUACCCUCUGGGAAAGGUUUAGAAGUAUCAUCAGCUGUCUAUGACGCUUUAGUCAAAUGGUCACUAUUGGAAAAAGUACAGGCUUUCACAUUUGAUACUACGGCCUCUAAUACGGGAAGGUUGAAUGGGGCGUGUUUUUUGUUAGAGCAACGUCUUGGAAGAGAAAUUUUAUUCUUAGCAUGCCGACACCAUAUUUAUGAACUUGUUUUACAAGGCGUAUUUUCAGAUACCAAAUUAUGUCCUUCAACCGGACCAGAAAUAUUAUUAUUCAAGAGGUUUCAACAAGAAUGGGAAACAAUUGAUAAAACAAAAUUCUCUACAUCAAUUUCUGAUACUUAUGUUCAUAAUAUUUUAAAAGAUGAAGCCGAUGAAAUUAUUUUAUAUGCAAAAAGUAAAAUUACUGAAUAUCUCCCCCGAGAUGAUUAUCAAGAGUUUUUAGAACUUGUUAUUAUAUUUUUGGGCGGUGUUCCUCAAAGGGGAAAUGCUUUUCGAAAACCGGGUCCUUAUCAUUUAGCCAGAUGGAUGGCUAAAGCAAUAUAUUGUUUAAAAAUAUUUUUGUUUAAAAAUCAAUUUAAACUAGACAGCAGAGAAGAAACAUCAUUAAAGGAUAUUUGUUGUUUUAUUGUAAAAUGUUACGUUCAAGCUUGGUUUUCAUCUCCAAAAGCUAUAGAAGCUCCUUUUAAUGACAUAUUAUUUCUUAGAAAAUUAGAAUCUUAUAAAUUACAAAAUAAAAAAAUCGCAGACGUGGCAUUAAAAAAAAUAACUAAUCAUUUGUGGUAUUUAAAUCCAGAAUGUAUUACUUUUUCCUUAUUUGACAAUCGUAUAGACUAUAAUACAAAACGCAAAAUGGCUGAAAAAAUUCUAAGUUAUAAUGAUGAUGAUGAUGAAGAAACUAAUCUGAAUAAAAAGUUAACUCUUACACCAGACGAUGUCCCCAAUUUUCUUCAAAAAGACCUACCAACUGAUUUAAUAACUUCCAAAUCAAUUGAAAUGUUUAAGCGGUUUAAAAUUCAAACAAAUUUUUUAAGCAUUGAUCCAGCUUAUUGGAAUUAUCAGGAAGACUUCAAAACAGGUAGAGAAAUAAUCAAAUCAUUGAAAAUAGUUAACGACACAGCUGAGAGAGGAGUCAAGCUAAUGGAAGAAUAUAAUGAUAAAUUUACUAAAGACGAAGAACAAAAACAAUUUUUAUUGCAGACCGUCCAAGACUAUCAAAAAAAAUAUCCAAAAUGUGAUAGAGAAACAUUAAAAAAAAUAUAUUAAAAGACAAAUACUAGUUCCAUGUAGAUAAAUGUGCUAUGAAUUUUGUAAUAAUUAUGUGUUGAUAGAAUGGAUUAUACAUUUUUUUUUUUUUAAUCUUAG